AUGAUCGAUUCCUUCCUUGGCCUAGCACCUGUGCGGACUGCCCGCGAAGCUACUAUCGCCAUUAAACACGGCGGACGGUUUCCAAGCGACCGCAACGGCAAGGUCAAAGACCUACCCAUUAUCGACGUUGUCAUCGUGGCUUACCUCCCAAACGAAAAGGACAUCAUCCGACAACAGGUCCUCUAUGCAUGCAAGAGACUCGUUUAUCCCAAAGACAAACUGAACAUAAACCUGGUCUACAACACGCCUAUACCCAUCGAGCCCCUCGAAAGCGAAUUGGCCCGACUACCACAGCAGUACAAAACCCUCCGAAUAAUCAAGGCACCCGGCUCCACAUCCAAAGCAGACAACCUUAACUACUUCUUCACCCUCAAAUCGAACGCAGACAUUAUCGGAAUCUUCGACACCGACCACUGCCCACAUCCCUACAAUCCUCGCUGGGCUGCAGAGCGAUUCCUUGCCGACGACACUAUCGACAUUGUCCAAGGCCGUUGCAUUGUCUACAACACCUCCGAAAGCUUCUACGCAAAGAUGAUCUCAAUCGAAUUCGACCGAAUAUAUGCAAUCUCCCACCCAGGAAGACGUCAGAUGUUCGGACUCGGUCUGUUCUGCGGGAGCAACGGGUAUUGGAGAGCCCCACUUCUGCGUAAGCACAAGAUGGACGGAUCCAUGCUAACCGAAGACAUUGAUUCUGCUCUUCGUGCCUAUGGUUUGGGCAAACAAAUCGUCCAUGACAUGAAUGUUGUAUCUUUCGAAACAGCACCCAACACCUUUGCCGCAUUCUGGAGACAACGCCUGAGAUGGGCCCAAGGCUGGAGCCAAGCUUCGAUCAAACACAUGCCAUUGCUCUGGACAAAUCCACCCAACGGUAAUCGCGGUUUCAACGAACGCCUCGGCCUCUUCUCUCUCUUGUUCGUCCGAGAGAUUAGUCAUCAUCUGAUCGCACAGCACGUAUGCCUCCUCGUAAGCUUUCUUAUUACGGACUGGCCUAGCGACCUCUCGGAACUCGUUCGAAUCCUCUUCUUUCGAUACCCAACGGCAGGGUGGUUCUUCUGGGCAACCUUCAUCGCGGUCCUGCUCACUCUGUACUUCACCGAGCAGGUGAGGUCUAGAUAUACUACGACUUGGCAGAUGGCGAUAUUUAGCCUUCUGCACGUUCCAUAUCUGGUACUAGUCGCCGUGAUAGGUCUCUACGGACAUGCUCGACAGCUUGUCAAGUACGACAAAUGGAAUCCUACAGCUCGGAAGUGA